CGCUCGACGGGCGCAGGCUCAGGCUCGCCGCGGCGUGGCGGCAGGCGCGGCCCCGGCAGCAGCAGCGGCAGCCGCCGGGCGCCAUGGGGCGUUAGCACAGCCGGUGCCCUCGCCGUGCCUCAGGAAGGAGCCGCCGCCGGGUGCCUCCCGAGCCGUUCCUCCGCCCGCUCCCUCGCCGCCCGGAGCCCCAUGAGCCUGAACGAGCACUCGAUGCAGGCGCUGUCCUGGCGGAAGCUCUACCUGAGCCGCGCCAAGCUGAAAGCCUCCAGCCGCACCUCCGCGCUGCUCUCCGGCUUCGCCAUGUCUAUCUCAGGGCUGACCAUCACCACCAGGAAUACUUUGCAGAACAUAUCCAGUGCUACUAACACUGGCUCAUCCACACCUGUAGUGGCAGAAUCAAAAUCUCUAGUGCAGGUGGCUAUGGUAGAAGUUCAACUAGAUGCAGACCAUGACUACCCCCGAGGUCUCUUGAUAGCCUUCAGUGCCUGUACUACUGUCCUUGUCGCAGUUCACCUUUUUGCACUCAUGAUAAGUACCUGCAUUCUUCCAAACAUAGAGGCUGUUAGCAAUGUGCAUAAUCUCAACUCUGUAAAGGAAUCUCCUCACGAGCGUAUGCACCGGCACAUUGAGCUUGCCUGGGCGUUUUCCACUGUCAUUGGGACUUUGCUCUUUCUUGCAGAGGUGGUGUUACUGUGCUGGGUGAAGUUCCUUCCCUUAAAGAAGAACCCUAGUGGUCCGUCCCAGAACAGCAGCUCCACCAUCACAUCAGGACAGGCAGCAGCCAUUGCAUCAACGUCCAUUAUGGUUCCCUUUGGACUGAUUUUCAUUGUGUUUGCCGUCCACUUCUACAGGUCACUGGUCAGCCAUAAAACAGACAGGCAAUUUCAGGAACUGAAUGAACUUGCUGAAUUUGCACGGCUCCAGGAUCAGCUGGAUCACAGAGGUGAUGCCAUCUCCCCAGCCGUUACCCAUUUUGCAUAAACCUGUACUUAAAGAAAAUAAACCCACUGUCUUGCUUCUGCCUUGUUAUGUUGACUCCCCCAUGCAUGAACUGGUCAAACUGUUGAUUUUCUUUUAAAGAGAAGGUUUAUAAAUGUCGUUUGAACUUUAUGGAGAAAAAAAAUGUUCUUGUCAUAAUCUGUUGGAUCGCUGACAUCUGAAGGAACGGAUGGUGGGGUACGCUUGCACUGCACGCGCAUCCCUCCUCUUGUGAGCACUCUGGUUUGCUUCUUGUUAGUGCCGAAUGGUGGCUAUAGAAAUUCGUGGAGAGCAACACUGUAAAUCUGGGUAUUUGUUAGGGAUGGAUAGAGAAUCUCUUUUCCUCUUUAUUUGAUGUUGGCAUUUACUAGAAGAUACUGCUUGUCCAAUCCAUGUUGCAUGGCAUGAUACAAAUUACUUGGGAUAUGCAGCAAUUAGCACUUGGUUUCAGUGCUAGCGCUGUUCUCUCUGGAAAGCCUGACAGAUGGUAGAAGUGAAAGCUUUCCCACCACCUUCCCCAGUAUGUUUUGCUGCCAAGUAAUUAAUACUUCACUGAUUUCUCCAGCGCCUUUUCCUAUGGCAGUUACACAUUUUAUAACUUGCUAAACACCCAUGACUAGUCCUACUGCGAUGUGGUAUGGGCACAUGAGUAGGAAUGAACUACUAUACUCUUCUUUGGAAGAAAAUAAAAGCAAUAACUGUUCUAAGGUUCUCGCGAGCUGGCACGUAUUGUAUUAUCUGAAGAGAUAAAUUGCCUGUUUUCCAUUUAGGAAUCUUUUUUAAAAAAAAGAAGGAACUAGAUGGAAAUUAUCACUGGAUAAAUUUUGCUUGAAAAUCAGAACCACUGCUGUUUUUUCCAAGCCAAAGUAGUAAUUAUUUUAUACUUUUAUAUAAAAAAUAUAUAUUUUUUAAUAAAUCCUCAGACACAAGCAGCAAAAGGUGCUUUCUCUGCAUUGGGUUCCCAAGUAAUUAGCUAUGCCUUGGUCUUCCUUGUUUAGAAAAAGUCUUCUGCUUGCUGAAGUGUUGUAUGUAAUAACUUCAGACAUUUUUUGCUUCCAAAGGAUCUGGAAGACUAAUUCUUUCUAUGUCAAUUUAUUUAUGAAAGUAGAUUAUUUGUAAUUAACAUUGCUGCUCACUUUCAGACACGCAUCUGUGAUAGGCUACAGUGUCAUUUUUCUGUUUUCUUCCUUACGAGGCCAAAUGGAAGCUUUUGCUUCUUAGGUAAGAGGUGUGUCCAAGAAAGAUGUAGCAGCUGUGCUGUGCUGCUGCAGUAAUUCCAGCUAUGUCUGGAAGUGGAUUUUCUGGAAUGCAGUUCUUGUAUGGAGAAGCUUUGAGCUUUAAUGGGUAAAAGCACUGAGUAAAAGUCUUAUUUAUUUUUUUUUAAGACAAGUUUAAAAUCUAUUGGAACAAAACUUGACCCCACACUGUAGCUAACACUGUGGAAUAUAAGCCUGUGGUGUUUUUCUUUUUUAGAACCCAGAUGGGUUACAGGGAGCUGUACCUGACUGAGCCUGGGCUGGAUGUGGUCUCUUACACCCAACCUCCAUCUCAGGUUAUCCCGAUGUACUUAAAAACCAUGGGAUGUGUUGACAGGGUGGGUGGCAGAGCGUGGUGUUUACCAGGGAAGCAGCCCACUGAAGUGAUUGGGACUGAUCCCUUGUGUCAGCACUGCUGCAGUGUGAAGUGUUGACAAGGCUACCUGCGAUGCGUUUUGUGUUCUGAAAACUAACCAUUAAAAAAGGACUUGGUGUUUUUUCAGCAGCUUUCUUGCUGGGGUAUUCUCUGUCCACCUGCAGAAAACAGCUUUCCACUUGCCAAUUUCAGAAGUCCUCCUGGCAUACAGGAGCCAGGCAGGAUUUUCCGUAGCUCUGCCAUUAAUUUGUGUUUCAGGUAUAAAUAUUCUAUUACUGGUGUAAAUCUGAUGGUGAGAAUUGUGACUGCAGUUCCUCAGGUAUUGAUUCAUGGAGCACUGAAAAGAUUAAAUAGUAAAGGCAUUAAAUGCCACAGCAUUCCAAAACAUGAAAUCUUUGCAAUAGGCACAAAAUGUAUUUGCCCAUCCUUCCGUGAAAUACCAGUCCCAUAUUGGGAAGGGAGACUCAGUAGAGGAAGCAGAUCUGACUCAAUAUUCAUACUAGAACAAAUGGUCAAAAGGGUGCUGUCAGGCUUAAACAAUACACUUCUGUAAGUUACGUAUUUUAAAGUUCUAACAUUAUUUUGAAUGUAAGUCCAGAAAAUGUUUUCCAAGCUUAUUUUGUAAAAUUAUUUGCUGUCCUUGAUAAAUUGCUGAAUUUCUUUUUAUCUUGCAGAUCUUUUAAAAAGUGUCAGGGAAGUGUUUUGUUUAGGAAAUACAAAAUUAAAAUUUUUAAUUUUCUCAUGCUCUAAUUUUUGAGUUAAUGGAGCUGUUACAACAGCUGCUUUUCUAACUAUUUUCUGCACUUUAAUCUCUGAUAUCAAGUGUAUUUCUCUCAUUUUCCAGCUCUGGAAAUGGUCAUGAAAGUCAUACCUUGGGCACUCUCUCAACUGUGCCAGAGGCAGUAACCAGACCCAACCGCGUGGCUCUAAAUGUUAAAGAGUGCACAUAAAGUUUUGGUUUUAUUUA